CGCCAAUGGAGUCUGAAGAUGGAGAUUCCAACCGAGUUGACUCGUCUGAUUUAUCGUCAACGAGUUCAACGGUAUCGUCUAUAUUCGGAAGCAGCGAUGUUGACUUUUCUAGCAGUUUCUCCAUAACCAGCAGCUCCUCCGGCGAGAUUCUGGCGGCGGCGGUGGUGCCACUUAAGUUGAUGGCGGAGGUGCAACCGGCAGAAGGCGGCGGAGGCGGAACGAGGAGGUUGAAGAAGUGUGUAGGGAGGAGUAAGGGAGUGACUUGGGGAUUUAAAUCGGUGAUCGGACGGCGGAAGGAGAUGGAAGAUGCGGUGGCGGUGGUUCCUGGAUUCAUGUCAGGCACGUGCGAUCACGUGGGAGGGUGUACAACUCCUGGUUCUAGAACCUCCCUUGAGAUCUCGCCGAUUCAUUUCUUCGGUGUUUAUGAUGGCCAUGGCGGAUCGCAAGUGGCAAAAUUUUGCGCCGAGCGAAUGCACGAAGUAAUAGCAGAAGAGUGGGAUCAAGAAGCAGCCGACGGGUUUAAAUGGCAGCAAAGGUGGGAAGCGGUGAUGUCUAGUAGUUUCGAGAGGGCCGACAACGAAGUCCUUUCCGAGGCAGCAGCACCCGAAAUAGUGGGAUCGACCGCUGUUGCAGUCGUCUUAUCGGGCUGCCAAAUCAUCGUAUCCAACUGUGGGGACUCCCGAGCUGUGCUUUGCCGCGGCAUGGAAACAAUCCCUUUGACAGUUGAUCAAAAGCCCGAUAGAGCGGACGAACUCCUGAGAAUUGAAGAACAAGAUGGGAAAGUCAUAAAUUGGAACGGUGCACGAGUAUUUGGAGUUCUCGCCAUGUCGAGAGCUAUAGGUGACCGCUACUUAAGACCAUGGAUCAUACCCGUGCCGGAAAUAACUUUCACAACAAGAACCGAUGAGGAUGAGUGUUUGAUACUGGCAAGUGAUGGAUUGUGGGAUGUGAUGUCAAACAAUGAGGUGGGUGAGGUAGCUCGUCGAGUUUUAAGACGUCGGCGUCGGUAUGCUAUCGACAACGAGUCACCGGCGGCACAAAUCCUUGCUGACAGCCUGAUAGAGAUAGCCGUGGGAAGAAAUAGCUCUGAUAACAUAUCGGUGAUUGUUGUUGAUCUAAAGUCAAAGAAAAAGCAACAACGUACAUGAUCGAGAAGAAUAGUUCGAUAUCUCGAUAAAAGAAUCCGAUCAAACGGCAAGCUCGUACAAACCUGACUCGUAAACAAGAUCAUUCCUAACUUUUACUUGGUUUGAUCCACGAUCUAUCGAUCACAAUGAUGACAUUGUUGUUGAUGUUCUUGGUAAAAAAAACAAGUAUCCGACUGAUGUUUAACAUGUUAUUUUAUUCUAGUUUUGAGUACUUUCCCGAUCGUAUUGCAACAAUCAUCGUGGCUCGAGGUUUGUGUCCGACUCCAUGUUAAGCACGUGGCACGUAAUGGCUGAAUGCGCGAGCUAAAUGCGCGA